GCUGGAUGGAGAAGUUGCGAGUCCUGUGCCUUCGCUACCAGGAGUAUGUGACUCGGCAUCCUGCCGCCACGGCCCAGCUGGAGACAGCAGUGCGGGGCUUCAGUUACCUGCUGGCAGGUCGCUUCGCCGAUUCACACGAGCUGUCGGAACUAGUGUACUCCGCCUCUAACCUGCUUGUGCUGCUUAAUGACGGGAUCCUACGGAAGGAGCUUCGGAGAAAGUUGCCUGUGUCGCUGUCCCAGCAGAAGCUGCUGACAUGGCUGAGCGUGCUGGAAUGCGUGGAGGUGUUCAUGGAGAUGGGAGCCGCCAAGGUGUGGGGCGAAGUGGGCCGCUGGCUCGUCAUCGCCCUCAUCCAGCUGGCCAAGGCUGUGCUCCGGAUGUUCCUGUUGAUCUGGUUCAAGGCUGGCCUCCAGACCUCACCCCCCAUCGUUCCUCUGGACAGGGAGACCCAGGCACGGCUCCCAGAUGGUGACCCCAGCCCUGGCAGCCAGGAGCAGCCGUAUGUGGGGAAGCGGUCAAGCCGAGUGGUGCGAACCCUCCAGAACACCCCAUCUCUGCACUCAAGACACUGGGGUGCCCCACAGCAGAGGGAGAGACAGCAGCAGCAGCAGCAUGAAGACCUGAGCGCAACCCCAACACCCCUCGGGCUCCAGGAGACCAUCGCGGAGACCUUGUACAUUGCCCGGCCCCUGCUGCACUUGCUUAGCCUGGGCCUCUGGGGCCAGCGGUCAUGGACGCCCUGGCUUCUGUCUGGUGCUGUGGAUGUGACCAGCCUGAGCCUCCUCAGCGACUGGAAGGGCCUGACGCGAAGGGAGCAGCGGGAACUUCGGCGCCGCACCAUCCUAUUGCUCUACUACCUGCUGCGCUCCCCCUUCUACGACCGCUUCUCCGAGGCCAAGAUCCUCUUCCUGCUGCAGCUGCUGGCGGACCAUGUCCCGGGCAUCGGCCUGAUCGCGAGGCCCCUCAUGGAUUACUUGCCCAGCUGGCAGAAGAUUUACUUCUACAGUUGGGGCUGA